AUGGUGUUGCGCAUCAAUAGCCCUGCAUUCGGUGCAUGGAUUACCUUGCCAGGCGUGCUGAACGCACGCGCAGUCGCACAAGCCAGCCCACACCUCUCAUGGGUGAUGAUAGAUUGCGAGCACGGUCUUACAUCGCUCCAGCCUGGCGCUGCAGAGUCUAUCCAGGCCAUCACCGGUCUUGGACCUAAUGCGCCCAGUCCACUCGUGAGAAUUCCAGCUACGGGAUUCAGCAAUAGUACGUCGUGGCAAAUCAAGUAUGCGCUUGAUGCUGGUGCACGGGGUGUGCUUGUUCCUAUGGUCUCCACUGUUGAGAAGGCGAGAGAGAUCGUGGCCGACAGUCAUUUCCCUCCAGGAGGCCGACGCGGUUUUGGAAGUCCGUUCACUCAUGGCGUCUGGAGCAUCAGUGCUGCCGACUACCUCAGAUCUGCAAAUGAAAAUGUAGUUGUUAUGAUCCAAAUCGAAACGAAGGAGGGCGUGAAAAAUGUUGACGCCAUUGCUGCUGUGGAUGGUAUUGAUUGCUUAUUCAUCGGUCCUUACGAUCUUUCCCUGUGUUUAGGAUACCCUCCCCCCUCUCCCGACCCGCACCCCGACGUGGAAACUGUCAUCCAAUAUAUCCUCAAAGCUGCACACAAGGAAGGAAAGAAGUGCGCAAUUUACUGCACCUCAGGAAAGCAGUCCCUUAAACGUGCUGAGGAAGGCUUCGACAUGUCGUUGGCAGCAAACCUCACCGCUGCAGUAGGGGGAGAAUCUGGAGCUGCGGCAUUCCGAUACUGA